AUGAGAAUCGCAUUUAUCCACCCGGAUUUGGGUAUUGGUGGUGCUGAAAGAUUGAUUGUUGAUGCUGCAUUGGGACUCCAAAAUGAAGGUCAUGAAGUUCAAAUGUUCACAUCUCAUUGUGACAAGACUCAUUGCUUUGAAGAAUUGGCUGAUGGGACUUUAAAAGUGAAAGUUUAUGGUGAUUUCUUACCUACAAAUUUACUGGGGAGAUUAAUGAUUGUUUUUGCUACAUUAAGACAAUUGGUUUUAGUAUUAAAAUUGAUUAUAUCUGGUGAAAUUUCUGAAUAUGAUUUGUUCAUUGUGGAUCAAUUAAGUUUCUGCUUACCACUUUUACAUCUUUUCAAAGAAUCACGUUCAAAAACAUUAUUUUAUUGUCAUUUCCCUGAUCAAUUAUUAGCAAGACGUGAAAGUUUUUUGAAAAAAUUAUAUAGAAUUCCAUUUGAUAUAUUGGAACAAUUCACCACAAGUACUGCUGAUAGUAUCGUUGUUAAUUCAAAUUUCACUAAAACUAUGUAUGAUAAAACAUUCCCAUAUAUAAAAGAUUUUAAUAUUCCAGAUGUUAUUUACCCAUGUGUUGAUUUAUCAAAAGAAACAAUUACAAAAGAAACUGAAACCAUUUUCAAUGGUAUUAUUGGUUCUAAGACUGAAUAUUUCCUAAGUGUCAAUAGAUUUGAAAAAUAUAAAAACAUUGAAUUGGCUAUUAAUUCAUUUAAUAAAUUUUUAGAAUCAAAUCCAAAUUCAAAAGUUAAAUUAGUUGUAUCAGGUGGUUAUGAUAAAAAUUUUGAGGGUAAUAAGAAUUAUUUAAAACAUUUACAAGACCUUGUAUCAAGAUCCAAUUUAUUGAAUUCAGUUGUUGUUUUCAAUAAUCAAUAUGAAGAAUUUUCAAAUAAUAUUGAUCAAGAUAUAAAUGUUAUCUUUUUACCAUCAAUUUCUUCAAAUUUAAAAGAAUUAUUAUUAACAAAUACAAAACUUUUAUUAUAUACUCCAUCUUUUGAACAUUUUGGUAUUGUCCCAUUAGAAGCUAUGAAAUUUGGUAUCCCAGUUAUUGCUAUAAAUAAUGGUGGUCCAGUUGAAACUAUUAAAUCUAUUGAUGAAGAUCCUGAAAAUGGUGUUGGUUGGUUAGAACCAAGUGAACCUGAAUUAUGGGCUAAAAAAUUAGAACAAUCAUUAACAAUUCCAAAAAAUAAAUUAAUUUCAAAUGGAUUAAAACAAUUAAAUUCAAAUUUUACAUUAAAAGUAAUGACUCAAGAUUUUGAAAAACAAAUUUUAAAAACUUUAAAAAAACCAAAUCAGUCAUAUUUUUGGGAAAAAUUAAUUUAUAUUUGGAGAUUACCAAUUUUUAUUAUUGCAAGAACUUAUUUUAAAAUUAAUGCAAUUUUAGUUUGGGGUUUAACUGGUAUUACAUUUUUACCUGGUGGAAUUUUCCAAAUUAUUGCAAGUGUUGCAUUAAUUUCAUUUUAUUUAGUUGCACCUGAAUAUUUUGAUCGUUAUGAAUAG